AUGGCGGGUUCGGCGGUCCGCAUGUGCGUCUUCUCUGUCGCUCUCGCGCUCUGCCUCGCGCUCGGCGUGCCUCCAUUGCCGUCAUCGUCUCCCUCCGUGCUCUCGCCACUCGCGUGUGUCCUUCUCGCGGAGGCAGCUGAAGCGCAGGCGCCUGCGGAGAAGCCCAAGGCGGCGCCGAAGAAGACCGACUCCGCGAGCGAGAGUCGCGAGGCUCGGCUUCUCAAGUAUGCCGAGCAGCGUGCAGAAAACGCCGAGGCGGAGCUGAAGAAGUUCCGCGAGACGCACGAGACGUCGGUGCGCGCGUGCACGGAGGCGACGCAGCGCAAACAAAAGGCAGUCGAAGCUUGCGAAAAGCAGGCCGAGUCGCUGCGGACGAUGUACAACGCGUCUCAGACGGCGAAGGCGGACGCCGAGAAGAAACUCCGCGAGCUGGAAGUGAAGCACGCGGCUGCGACCCGCGCCGAGGGAUCGAGUGAGAAACUGGAGCGGGAGAACGCGUCGCUGCAGCAGCAACUCAAACAGAAGGAGCAAGAGACUGCCGAGGCCCGCAGUCGGGUCCGCGCCCUCGAGAGCGAGGUCGCGAAGCUCGCCGCGGCAAAGGCGUCGCUGGCGGCGAAGGCUCGAGACGCUGAAGCGCCAAAGAGCUCCCAUAUCUUCACGAUCCAGGCGAUGCAGGAGACGCUCGGCGCGAUUGGCCACCUGUACAUGGCGAUUGCGGAGCACCUCGUGGCGUGCGUCCCGCAGGAGAUGUUUGACAAGUUCACCACCUUGAAGCUCGAGGUCGCGACGCUCGCUGCGCCGUACGUGGAAAUGGUGAACUCCAAGGUGUAUCAGCCGGUUGCGCCUGCACUCGCGAAAGCCCAGACCUUCUUCGAGACGACUCUGUACCCCAUCGCGGCUUCUGGUGCUGCCAAGGGCGUCCGCAUGGUCGCCUCCCUGUCGGACGACCUCCUCCCCAGUGUAAACGCGCGAGUUGACGCUGCGCUGGCUCCUAUCUUUGCUUCGCAUCCUCGCGUCGAGGCGCUCGUGCCGCCGAGCAUUGCGGACCGGGUCGCCCUCCUCCUCUUCCUCACCGUUGUCACCUACUUCUGUGCGCUCUUCGCCUUCCGCCUGCUUCUCUGCCCCGUCUUUGCAUGCGUCUGCCCGUGCUGCUGCAAACGCCGGCACAAAAAGGGAAAACACAGCAAAAAGUUCACUCCCGCGCACGGGGCCUCCCUGCAUGCGAGCCUGCAAAAAGACAAAAAGGGACUCCCGCCGCAGGAGUCGCCGACCCGCCCUUUCGCCUUCGCCGGGGACUACAAGAAACACAAGGCGUAG